AAAUACUGAAGAGGUGGCAACUUGUGGGGAGUUAGGGCUGGAGGGGGCAGGGAAUACACUGGGUGAGGAAAGGGAGGGGGACAGAGUGUGACAAACCUGCUGGGACUUGUUAACAUGGGCCUGGAUCCUCAGAACAAACACUUGGGUCUUGGGGGAGAAAAUUCCCUAAUUUGUGAAACAGGAAAUAGAGAAACCAACCCCCUCGGCAGGGCUGGGAAAACUGACCAGACUUCCAGUGCUGAGCCCUCAGCCUGCUAGCCAGGGGCUGGUGUGACAUGGAAAGGGGACCCCCACCAGGGAGGUGUAGGGAAGAUGUCCCGGCCCCUCACAUCAAGCUGCUGGCAGUGGGGAGGGUGUUGGGUUCCUACCAUGGGGUUGUAUCAGCCCCUGGCUAGUAGGUGUGUGAUGGAUCAGCAGGCAGAGACAAGGGGUCUCUCUUUGUUCUCUCACCGUGCUGCCCCUGGCUGCUCUCAGCAGUGUGGGGAUAGGACUCUGCCGACUGUUUCUCUCUCCGAGCUUCCAUUUGAUUGGCUGCUUUCCCCCGUGAAUAGUGGGGCUGUGAGUGGGGCAGCAGGUAUUGAUGGUUGGACUCUUGCUCUUUCAGGGGCUGGUGACCUUUGAGGAGGUGGCUGUGUAUUUCACCAGGGAAGAGUGGGCUCUGGUAGACCCCACUCGGAGAGCCCUUUACAGAGACGUCAUGCAGGAGAACUAUGAGAAGGUGACCUUGCCGGGGUUUCCAGUUUCCAAACCCUCUGUGAUCUCCCAGCUGGAAGGAGGGGAAGAGCCGUGGGUCCUGGAUAUCCAGGAUUCAGAGGAAAGCAAGAUCCUGAGAAGUCCCUGGACAGGUGAGGAAACAUUAAACCAACCCAGAAACUGUGAUGGGGUGGUGAGGGAGAGUGAGGAGCAGAAUCCUCACCAGGAAGAUGCUGAGCUUGCCGAAGUGCAAGGGGAAUUACUGCGAAGAUCCAAAGGGAGCGUGUCCAGCCCCCGUGAUCAGGGAAAAGCUGAUGAAAGUUACCACAGACCAGAGAGAGAGCAGGGAAACCACUCAGAGGAGAGAGUGGAUGAACCCAUUAAUUGUCAGGCAACUCACAGGGACCUCAAGGAAACUACGUCCCAGGAGAAAAUCCUCAUGCAGAAGCGAGAGAAUACGUGUAGUGAGUGUGGGAAAAACUUCAAUUACCAUUCAGGCCUUAUUCGACAUGAGAUAAUCCACACAAAAGAGAGACCCUACGAAUGCUGUGAGUGUGGGAAAAGCUUCAAUCGUACCUCUGCCCUUAGCAGGCAUCAGCAAAUACACAGAGGAGAGAGACCCUAUGAAUGCUGUGAGUGUGGGAAAAGUUUCACUCAGAGAUAUACCCUUAUCUCUCAUCAGAGAAUCCACACAGGAGAGCGACCCUACAAAUGCUGCAAGUGCGGGCUAAGCUUCACUCAGAGAUCAGCCCUUAUCUCUCAUCAGACAAUGCACACGGGAGAGCGACCCUACGAAUGCUGCGAGUGUGGGAAAAGCUUCUCUCGGAGCUCAAACCUUACUAUACAUCAGCGGAUCCACACAGGAGAGAGACCCUAUGAAUGCCGUGAGUGCGGGAAACGUUUCACUCACUCCUCCUCCCUUACCUCUCAUCAGACAAUGCACGCAGGAGAGCGACCCUAUGAAUGUUGUGAGUGUGGGAAAAGCUUCUCUCGGAGCUCAAACCUUAAUAUGCAUCAGAGGAUCCACACAGGAGAGACACCCUAUGAAUGCAGUGACUGUGGGAAACGUUUCACUCACCUCUCCUCCCUUAUCUCUCACCAGAGAGUCCACACGGGAGAGAGACCCUAUGAAUGCAGUGAGUGCGGGAAAAGCUUCUCUCGGAGCUCAACCCUUAUUACACAUUACAGAAUCCACACCGGGCAGAGACCCUAUGAAUGCUGCGAGUGUGGGAAAAGCUUCGCUCAUAGUUCAGGCCUUUCUAAACAUCAGAGAAUCCGUAAAGGAGACAAACUUCAUAAAAACCUUCUCUAGACCUGUCAGAAGAUUUUUUUCUUCAAUUCUUUUGACAGUUCCCAGAUAGUGAUUGUUAAGGCCGUUUGCAUCUUUUGCCCACUGUAGUCCCUCAGCUCCCACACGAGUUGCGCACUUUUGAAGCUCGCCCGUCCUUGGGGUGCAUCCUGUGGUCCUUUCUAUCAACUCCAUUGUCCUGCGAGUCAUGGGAGUGGGUGUCCUUUCUACCAGGAAUGUCAUCACCCCAGGUGGGGGAGAUGGGGAGUGUCUUCAACCAGCUACGUUGAGAUAAAAUCUACCUGGGUCUCAUCACUGUGGUUGCCAUGGAGUUAGCUAGCUUGAGUUCACUUUCCUGAUGUAAAAAGACAGCUAUUCUUGCAGUAAAGACAUGGGCCAUGGAUAGUG